AUGACGUCCAUGGCCGCAUCGCUGCAGGCGUCGCUCCCCAAGCCGAAAUACACCGGCGAGGAUGAAGAGGCGCCAUCCCGGACGCAGCAGCGCGGCCCUCGCAUCGUAGGGCCCGGCCAGCUGGACGAGACGCAAAUCGUCCUCAAGCGAAGCGGACCUCCCCCAUACGGCCAGCGAGCGGGAUGGCGACCUCGCUCGCAGGAGGAUUUCGGCGAUGGCGGUGCGUUUCCCGAGAUCCCGAUUGCCCAGUACCCUCUGGACAUGGGCAAGAAGGGUGCGAAGACGAGCAAUGCCUUGGCUCUCCAAGUCGAUGCCGAGGGCAAGGUCAAAUACGACGCGAUUGCAAGACAGGGUCACGGCGAAGGACGAAUCAUUCACACAUCUUUCAAGGAUCUGAUCCCGCUGAGGCAGCGAGCCGACGCUGGAGAGAUUGACCUAUCGCGUCCGGACAAGGAGUCUGUGGAGGCGACGACGGAGAGAACUAAGAACGCGUUGGCAGCCCUCGUCAGCGGAGCAGUGGCUGCACAGAAGCCAAAGAAUCUCAACAUUGGACAGCGAAAAGACCCGACAUUUGUGCGAUAUACGCCGGCAAACCAGAUGGGAGACAACUCCAAGAAGCAGGAUCGCAUCAUGAAGAUUGUCGAGCGGCAGCGAGAUCCGAUGGAGCCUCCGAAAUUCAAGCACAAGAAAAUUCCCCGUGGUCCCCCGUCACCUCCUCCUCCUGUUAUGCACUCCCCCCCACGGAAGCUUACAGCCGAAGAUCAAGAGAUGUGGAGGAUCCCACCUCCGGUAUCGAAUUGGAAGAACCCUAAAGGUUUCACGGUGCCCUUGGACAAGCGUUUGGCUGCCGACGGACGAGGCUUACAGGAUAUUACGAUUAAUGAUAAGCACGCACAGUUUGCAGAGGCAAUCAAGAUGGCAGAGCGCCAUGCCCGAGACGAAGUCCAACAGAGAGCCCUGAUGCAGCAGAGGCUAGCGGAGAAGGAGAAGGCUCAGAAGGAAGAAAAUCUGCGAUCUCUAGCCCAAAAGGCGCGCGAGGAUCGAGCUGCUGCUGGGCAGCGUGGAAGAAGGGACUCGAGGGAUUCCUACAGCGGCUCAGAGUCCAGGGGCGGCUCUGAUAGCGAAGAUUCAGAGAUUCGGGCUCGAGAAAGGGCACGAAGGGAGAAACGAAAGGAAGACGAGCGCAAGUUGCGACAAACACGAAUGGGUGCAGAGCGACGUAUCCAAGUCAUGGCGCGAGAACAAAAUCGAGACAUAUCCGAGAAGAUUGCUCUAGGCAUAGCCAAGCCUUCACAGUCCAAGGAAACCAUGUACGACUCCCGAUUAUUCAACCAGUCCAGCGGGUUCGAUAGCGGAUUCAACGAGGACAACCCCUACGACAAGCCCCUCUUUGCUGCCCAGGAUGCCAUUAACAGCAUCUACCGGCCGCGAGCGAAUCUGGACGAUGAGGAUGCAGAAGCGGGCGAUAAAGAGAUGGCCAAGAUCCAGAAAUCAAGUCGGUUCGGCGAAGCACUGGGCAAAGGCACCUUUAAGGGGGCCAGCGAAGCAGAGGCACGAGAAGGACCCGUGCAGUUUGAGAAGGAUGCGGUAGACCCCUUUAACGUGGACAAAUUCUUAUCUGAGGUAGACCAGAACUCCUCCUCCAAGAGAGGGUAUGGACUGCAGGACGAAGACCGGAAGGCGAAGAAGGCUCGCGUUGAGGAGGAUGACGAUUAA